AUGGGAAGAUCGCUUACAUGCUUGAUAGUUGGUGAGACACCUGCCACUCAGUUCCUGGCCUGGAGGCUCAGCUUGUCCAACGCUUUUAUAAUUCUAGCCUCCAGCAAUAUAUCAAGCGAUGGUCUUGUGUCCUGGAAAUCCUCGAAGCUGGGCUCUAAUUUCUAUAGACCCAAUGUGUUUGCAAAAGAGUUUGAGGACUUAGAAUCUAAGCUUGCUGAGACGGACGGUAGUGCAAAGUACAAGAUCGAUGUGAUGGUCGUGUCGUGUUUGUCAUUUCCUUCGCUAGAUCGAUACUGCAAGCUUCUCUCAAAAUAUAGUGACAAAAAUACGGUGGUGCUAAUGAAUGCUAAUUUUGGAGUUGAAUUGGAGAGCUUGGUGCUCGAUAUGUUCUUUAAUUGCAGCUCGUGUGUUCUGUCGAUUUUGUGCGAUGUGGAAGCACGCCAACUUUCGUCUGGAUCGUACGCUUUGGUGAAUGACAGCUGCUGUUUUUACGUGGGGCUCACCAACAUUCGGAAAGAUGUCACAAACAGAAGCAGUAAGCACGAUAAGCACGACAACUGUAGACUUAACAUAGACAGGGUCAAAGAAAUUAUGGCAGAUGAGGGCUCGAUUUUAAACGCGGUGCUGGCACAAGUUCAACAAACUGAGGUUGAAGAAAUUAUCAAAAUUGGCCCAGAUCGCUCUUUUGAGAUGGCAGUGAAAGUCUGGGAACAUCUGAUUCCCCGUAUAUCGCUUAACAUUUUGUCGAUUGUUUUCGAGCAGUUCGAUUACGACAAGCUACUGGCAAAUUCGUCGUCGCGGCUGAUUUUCGAAGACUUGGUCACAGAACUCAUGCAAAUAUGUUACAAACAGUGCGGGAGUGUGGUCAUGAAAUACAUGAAGGCAUCUUUUGAUGCUUCGAAGGACUCUGAGAACAUAGUCACUGGUAUCGAUUUUGAAAAAGUGGUGCAGGAAACCAAGGAUCGCAAACGACAGAUGGAUAUGUUUACCAUUAACGAGUAUCCUGAAUUUUUGACGCUCUCGUUUGAAGCAUACUGUUUCCAUCAUCGUCUUGAGUACCCAGCGCAUGUUCUCCUCCACCAACCGAUGCGGUUGGCCAAUGAAUUUGGGAUGAAUUAUUCGAGUCUGAACUUUCUGUUUGGAUUCUAUUCUCAGCUACUAUUGAUUUGCGGGUACAGGAUCGAAGGUGGACCCAAUAAGCUGGGCCGAUCUUCCUUGCUCUUUGGAGCGGGAACCCAGCUCGUCAGCCCCAGUGAACAAACACUCGUGCCCAAAGACAAUACUUCACCAUCUCGAAGCCGCAUAAAUGUGUUGCGCGAUAAACUGAAACGGAAAGUGAAGCAAGAGCACAGCCUCGCGUCAUCUUGCGAUGAAAGUGAGUCCCCGGUAAAUCGUGUCGGAGUUGAACAGAUUUACAACGAAUCUGAUGACGGCUGCGUUAAUGAAUUAUAUGGAGUAGAGGGGUCGAGUGCUUCGUCUCCUAAGAAUCCAGGCUUCCAAAUCUUUUGUGGUGGUAACAUGGCGGAAGACUCGGGACCUGAAGAGAUCUGUGACAGCACUUCGGUGGUGGACGAUAUGGUACAACUUCCAAAAUUUCGAGGUCGCAACGAAGUAGACGCCGACGCUGUAUUUGAACAGGAACUCCGUGCGAAUCCACUCACCAUGUCGUCAAGGUACUAUUUUGACGCAUAUCGCCUUGGAGACCAGACUAAUUUCAGGUCGUUGGACGAAAAACGUUCACAGCACUGGAAUCGUUCCAAACUCUGGAAGUUGCAGCGUCAGUAUCUGGCUGAAACGGGCCAAGUGGCUAAUUCGACGCUCGCAGUUUCUGCCACGGUUCCCGAUCGGUUUCUGUGGGACCAUGUUAAUCUUUUGAGACAAGUUAACAUGGGUGGCAUUUUGAGUGUUACCACGAGCAGGUAUGGACAUGUGGACACUUCGCAACGACUAUUCGACGACUGGAGCCGAGGCGUGGGCCCAAUAGCAAGACUUACAUUGACGGCUCCUCCCACAGCCAGGGCUCAAAACCCGUCAGAACGCCGCAGUCAAGAGCCUCCAAGACUUGGUAAUCGUUCUGCUGGUAACCUGCAUGUAUCUGAUGUGGACUAA